AUGCAUACAGAGGCUCGCUUGGCUUCCUUCGGCUGGCACAGGCGAGCCGAGUUUGACCGAACCGGUCUCUCUGUUUGGGAAAUCAGCUCUGAGGUGUACUCUCAAGACGGCAGGCUUCGAGCCUGGACUGAACGUGAAAACCGUUUGGGGAGCUUGUGCUUUCAGGAGUUGGUUUCGCUGAUACCUCCGAUAUUGCUUGAUCCGCAACCCAAAGAGGUUUGCCUGGACCUUUGUGCUGCUCCCGGGAACAAGUCCCUGCAAUUGUUGGAGUCUUUGGCAUCCAAAGCUGAUGUCGAAGGCGCUGUGCUGUCCGCGGACAACGACCCACAAAGGUGUUGCCUCACACUUCAUCGUGUGUUGGGAAAAGCUGCUUCGCCCGCUUCUUGCGCAGCGUUGGCGAAUGCCGGGCAUUUUCCAGUGCUUCUGGAUCAAGUGGACGCCGACUUGGUUGAUUCUGGGUCCGGUCGGCUCGAUUUUGACCGCAUUCUUGCAGAUGUGCCAUGCAGUGGCGAUGGCACAGCCCGCAAGAACACACAGGUCUUUCGCGGAUGGUCGCGCCGUGAAGCAUUGGAGUUGUCAUCGCUGCAGCGUCGCAUCUUGCUUCGGGGCUUGUACUUGUUGCCACCGAAAGGCACACUUGUGUACUCUACGUGCUCCCUGAAUCCUCUGGAAAAUGAGGCUGUGGUGUUGAGCUGUUUGCGACGAUGGAAUGCAAGCCUACAUUCCAAAGGGAAUGCCAAGCUGCCUGUGUCGCUGCUCGAUGCCAAGGUGAUGGUCAAGGAAAAAUGUGGUUUACGACCUUCCACUGGAAUGGCCAACUGGGUCGUGCCUGCCCCGCAGCGCGGCGGCCCGUGGUUUACUUCCUGGGAGGAGGUGCCCGAAGAGCUUCGCAAUGCCGAACGUUUCGCUUUGCGGUCAGACAUGUUCCCUGCGCCCGGUCAGCCCGAUGUGGAGGACCAAGCCCGGAUUACCUUGCAAGUCUGCAACUUCAGUUGUUUUGAGUGA